AUGUCAUUCUUUGACAUGGACUUUGACGGAUCGAUCGAUCCCCUUUCGCGUGACUACUCCUAUGAUCAGCACCACGAUGGUCAUCGAUGGAGCGUGGCAAGCAGCAUUGAUUCUCCCGGUUACACGCCGAUUGUCACUUCCAGAAACUCAUCCUUUACAACGAUCAACAGAUUCCUUCAGGAGCAAGACGCGCCAUUCUUUUCGCCUGCAACAGCGUUCGUGUGGGAAAGCAACUUCGCCGUCAACGCAGCUGGACACUUUUCUGACAACGGUCAACUUCGCUCUCCAGCAUACACCUCCAACGCAAGCAGCAGCUGGAGCGACCAAAGGGAUACACCCCCUGUGACUUCACCCGGGUUGCGUGCCCUUUCAUACUCGCCUUCCCACUUCUACAAUGAUGAUGUGGUGCCUUUCGCGUUUGGCGGCAACCCUCCGAUGGAAAGACGAGAUUCUCACUCUGGCGGUUGCUGCGUGGCUAUGCAUGAUGUCCAGAAGAUGGCCGAUGCACAACCUGACAGUGACAGCUAUCACUUCGACAAUGAACCGGCAAACUACAUCAGCUACGGGUCUUAUGCUCAAGAGGGUUACCAGCCGAUUGUUGGAGACGAUAGUCAAUCCAGUACUCCAUACAGCGGCAACAACUCUGAUUACGUCCCUCAGCAGGCCCCUCAGCAACCCCCUCAACGUCAUGAGUUGGCUUCUCCAGUCAUUCGUCGUCGACGCGCACAAUCCUCUAGGAAUGGUCACUCUCCAGCCUCCUCCGCAAGGGUUUCGAAACGACCCCAAGCUGGCCGACGUUCAUCCUCCCAUCAAAACCACACACAAUCGACGGAAGAUGACGAGCCUCAGUGCGUGCCAUCAUCAGGCCGAGCAUUUCCAUGUCCCUUAGCCAUCCAUGGUUGUUUGUCCUCCUUCGGCUCAAAGAAUGAAUGGAAGAGACAUGUCACUACUCAGCACAUGCGCCUAGGCUUCUGGCGAUGCGACCUUUGCACCAACGAACGAAAGCCAAACGACUUCAAUCGCAAGGACCUCUUCACGCAACACGUCCGACGAAUGCACCCACCCGACAGCCAACGAACUACCUACAAGAAAUCCAUCCCUCGAUCACCCAAAGACCCUGCCGACGAGCAGUACCUCCAAGCCGCGGCAACAAGAUGCUAUAUCCCCCUCCGCUCCUCGCCAGAAGAAUGCCGCUGCAUUAUCUGCGAGAAAGUCUUUCGCGGUCACGGCGCAUGGGAUGAGAGAAUGGAACACAUCGGACGACACAUGGAGACGGCGAAGAAAGAGGGCGAACAACCUUCUGAUCCUCGCAAAUGGAAGAGGGAUGAGUUCGCUGAGCGCUGGAUGCGGGACCAUGAGCUCCUCAUCGUCAACGAGAAUGGAGGAUUGGAGCUUGCGCCAUAG